AUGGCUUCUGUCUCGUCGUUGGACAGGGACCUUUCCCGCUUGCGUCUCGGAAAAUAUACGCCCCAGGCCUCCCAGGAUAUCAGGGACUGGAUCGCCGCUACCCUCGACGAGAAUCUCGGUAAUGAGGAUUUGAUGCUGGUUCUGAAAGAUGGAACUAUACUUUGCCGGUACAUUCCGCCCCCCCCUUCUUAUGGGAACGACUGAAAGGAAGCUUACUGACCCGUCAUCAUAGCCUUGCGAACCUCUUGGGAGAGUCUCCCCAGAUUCGUUUCAAGAGAUCGGCAAUGCCUUUCGUUCAGAUGGAGAAUAUUUCGCACUUCCUGUCCUUUGUUGCACGUCCUCCUGUCUCACUCCCCCCCCACGAUCUCUUCCUCACGGUCGACCUCUACGAGCAAAAAGAUCCGGCCCAGGUUUGCCAAUGCAUCACCUCGUACUCCCGCAUUGCCCAUAAAUUGAAGCCUGGCGUCUUUCCGACAACCAUCGGUGGACUUAGGGUUACGGCACAGCUCUCGCCUCAGCUGUCUGGUGGCGCGGGUGGCUUCUGGGCCGGGGGUGCUAGAAAAGUAUCCGGAGGCUCGGUCAGUAGCGGGGGAGGGGGUAGCGUUGUAUCCGGCUAUUCCGGGUCUGGCAGCACGGCUAGGCCUUCCGUGCCGCCGCGAAGCGCAGCUGUGAGCACCUGGAGCAAGAGCUCCGAUGAAGCGGCUACUCUGCCUGCCUGGAAUAUAGCUCAGUACGGGUAUAUGGGUGGAGCUUCACAGGGAAAUCAGGGAAUCUCGUUUGGUGCUAGACGACAGAUCACCAAUAUCCCGGCGGCGAAGAGUACGCCUGCAUCACCUCCUCUACCCGCCAUGAGCUUUGCGGAGAAACGCCGUAGAGAGGAGGAGGCAAGGAAACGGGAGGCCGAAGCUGAAGAGGAGCGAAGGCGGGAGUUACAAGCUGCGGAUGAACGACGGAGAGCUGUCGAAGCAGCAGAUAGAUGGCGGAAGGAGGAGGAGGAGAAGACGGCCAUAGAGCUCGAACGGAGGAAGUGGAAGGAGGAGGAGGAGAAACGAAGGCUAUGGCAACGUGAGCAGGAUAACCAAAGGGAGUUGGAACGCCAAAAGGAAGUGUACGCAUUCGAACGCCGCGAAGAGGAGGCUAGGAGAGUUAGGGAUAGGGAAGCGCAACUAAAGCUGGAUAGGGAGAAGAAGGAGCGUGAGCGAGAACGUGAGCGGAUACGAGAGUUGGAGAGGGAGCUCGAAAAGGCCCGCGAGCGAGAGCGAAUCUAUGAAGCAGAGAAGGAGGAGAGAAGACGACAGGACACCGAGAGAAUGCGACGGGACGCCCAAGAAAUGGCCAUCAGAAGGCACCGAACCGGCGAACCUCCCUCAACACCAUCCCCCUCAAAAACCAACUUUGUCCAAAGUCACAGGACCGGGGAUCGGGAUCGAGUCCAAGAAUCUGAAAGAAUAUUCCUCCAAUCCUGGCAAAACAGCAACACCCCACCCCCACAGACACCUCCCCGCCAGCAGCAACUCGGCUCACCAACCCCCCAGCCCCGGGCUCUCCCGACACCGCCGCCCCGAAAGCUCCCACCCGCGCCAUUAGCUAACCGCCCCAGCUCAUCAAAUACGUACUACACGUCAGAACCCAUGCAACCUAGCCGCUCCUGGGAAACCAACGAUGACGCCUCGGGCCCUGACUAUGAGCGGGAGGAAAAUGAGAAGCAACAAGCAUACAAAUGGGCCAGGUUAACAUCCUUCUUCUUUUCCCUCCAACCCUCCUUAGUACCACCAGCACCAGCACCUUCACCCUCACCCUCCAUCUCACCCCAAUCGUCGGAAUCAUUGUUAACGUAUAAAAACAGCAUGUCACUCCUAGAGCGCGAGCGAGAUCGUGAGCGCCAGCGACAGAAGGAAUGGGAAGCCAACCAAAGGGAAGUCGAACAACGCGUUCCAACAGCGACCGCAGGAGAUGUGGCUUGGGACGUGAAUCAAUAUGGGUAUGCUGAUGACAUCCUCGAUUUGUAUUGAGUUUGCCGUCUUUUGCGUUGCACUGCAUGCUUUACAGCAUGUUUACUCUUUCCUCUAUGUUUGGGAUACUCUUGUUUAACUCUUUAUCGUUUUUUUAAUGUUUUUAUUGCAUCGUAUUCAGGUACGGCAUGCUAAUCUAUCUUCUAACUCCAAAAGUUACCUUGGCGGAGCGGAUCAAGGCAAGAUGGGAGUUGCCUUUGGAGCCAGAAGGCAGAUUAUUGGACCGAGAGGGCAGUAAUAGGGCAGGGAGGGAGGGUGUAGUUGGGGCUGUCUGUCGUUGUUAGAUUUUUUCUUUUGGUAUUGUGUUUUUCAUUCUUUUUGUCGCUCGCUGUGUUUUGCAUCGUUAGGUGUAAGUAGAUUGGGUUUUUGGAGUCAGUCUAGUUAUAGUAGUAGGUUAGAUAAUUGAAUUGGU